AAAUAAUAAUAUGUAUAAAAAUAAUAAAAAAAUUAUUUUAUUUUUGAAGUAAAAGUUAAUAAUGAUUAAAAAAUGUAAGAAUUUACAUAUUUAUAAUUUAUAAAUCAUGAUAACUUUUAUAUUUGUAUAAAAUUAUAUAUAAAUAUUAUUGAAUAAUGUAAAUCAGGUUAGUAUUAAAUAAUUUACUAAGAUAUAAAUUAUUGCAAAUAUUGUUAUAAUUUUUCUUUUAAAAAUAAGAACAUUAUAGAUGUUUUAGAAUCAUAGUGUAAAAAAUGUAACUCUUAAAUUUUUAAAAACUGUUAUGGAUAUAUAUCUGAAUUAAAAAAAGGAUAUUGGAGAAAAUCAGAAACAUAACAUGAAAAUAAUGUAUAGAAAUGUUAAUUGUAACCAAAUAAUUGUAAAGGAGGAAUAUAAUAAGGCGAUCAUACUUGUGCUAUAGGACAUAUAGGAAUUUAAUGUUUAAAUUGCGAUACUAAAGGUAUUUUUUUUGAAAAUUAAUAUUUUAUUCGCUCUCAAUCAUAUUCUUGUUCAUUAUGCUAAAAUAAAUCUCUUUUAAUUUUAAAAUUUUUCUUAAUUUGUUUUAUGAUAAUAAUAAUAUUAAUAAUAAUAUUAAAAUCAAAUUAUAGGAAAAUUAAGAAUUUUUUAUACGUACAUUAUUUGGGUAAAAUGGGUAUAAUUUAUAUUGGAAAUACUUAUAAUAAUUUAAAUCUUUCUGGUGUUUAUUUAAAAAUAUUACUUUUAUAUCUAUAAAUAAUUAACUUUUCAUCAAGAUUUUCAGGUGAUUUUUACCUUAAAAAUAUAUUUAGUUUUUAAUGGGGGUUAUAUAAUCCUUUGACAACUUAAUUUAUAUAAUUUGGAUGUUUAAUUCAGUUUUAUUUUCCUUAAGUUAAAAGUAUUGAAUAUACUUAGAUUAUUAUUAACGUAUCUAUUCCUUUUGCUAUUGUAUGUAUUUUUUUUAUUCUUAUAUUUAUCAGAUAUAGCUUUAAAUAAUAAAUUUCUACAAAUAAAUUUUUCUAUAUUAUAACAAAUACACUAUGCUAUGCAUUUUCAACUUUACUUUUCGUUCCUGUUGUAGAAUCUUUAAUAUAGGGAGUUGUCUGUUUAGAAUUAGAGAAUAUUAAAGAGUCUUAUUCAAUAACCGAUUUGUCUUUAGAAUGUGGGAAUUAAUUGAGGAAAACAUAUGUGUAUUUUUUAGUUUUGCCUUUUCUUUUUUUAUAUGGAAUUUUAAUUCCUUUCGGAAUUUUCGGAAGUCUAUUUUGGAAAAAAAACUCACUUUAGAAAGUCAGUGUGGAGUUUUCGUUAGGCUUUUUUUAUGUAGAGUAUAAAA